AUGGAGACAGAAACAACAACAACAACGUCGACAACAUCGACAACAACAGAUAAAACCAACAAAAAGAAUUAUCAAAAGAAAUCAGAUAUCAGAGCCAAGAGAGAUGUACCAGCAGGUGUUGAUAUGUGGAAACCAACACCACUAAAGAGAGAUGAAGUACCAAAGAGAGUACUAUACGAUGAAUCAUCAUUCUCUACAGUAUUCCCAAAGUAUAGAGAGAAAUAUAUUAAAGAGAUUUGGCCACUCGUCGAAAAGGAACUUGUUGAACAUGGUAUCGAUUGCAAGUUGGAUUUUAUCGAAGGUACAAUGACCGUUGUCACUACUAAAAAGUGUUGGGAUCCUGUUGCUAUCUUAAAGGCUCGUGAUCUUAUUAAAUUAUUAUCUAGAUCUGUACCUUUUGUUCAUGCAAAGAAGAUUAUGGAAGAUGAUAAUAAUUGUGAUAUUAUAAAGAUUGGAGGAUUAGUACGUAACAAGGAAAGAUUUGUAAAGAGAAGACAAAGAUUGAUUGGACCAGAUGGAGCUACAUUGAAAUCGAUAGAGUUGUUGACACGUUGCUAUGUACUCAUUCAAGGUACAACGGUAGCAUCGAUUGGACCAUGGGAUGGUUUGGAAAAGGUUAGAAAGAUUGUAGAGGAUUGUAUGAAGAAUAUUCAUCCAAUCUACAAUAUCAAAGAGUUGAUGAUCAGAAGAGAACUCUUUAAAAACGAUGCAUUAAAGUCUGAGGAUUGGUCUAGAUUCAUUCCAAAGUUCAAAAAGAGAAACGUUCAAUCAAAGGCACCAGCUCCAAAGAAGAAAAAGAACAGAGAUGCUCCAUCGGCAAGCACCAUCUUUACACCAAGAAAGGAGGAUUUGGAGAUGGAAUCGGGAGAGUACUUUAUGUCAAAGGAGAGCAAAGACAAAAAGAAAAAGGUCGAACGAGAAAAGAAACAAGAAGAAGCUACUAUUAGACGUCAACAAGCACAGGCCAAGCAUUAUAUUGCUCCUGCUGAAAAGGAAUUUGUACAAAAUGCUGCUGCUGCUGCCGCUGCUUCAGCCAAAUCAACCACCGACACCCUUAAAAAUAUUCAAUCAAAUAUCAACAAGAACAAGAGAAAGGAUAUUGAUUCCUCUUCUGCAAAUGAUUUUAUUCAAGGUAGUGCUGUUGAACAACCAAUAAAGAAAAAGAAAUAA